GUGCAGGCAUCACAUCCCAAAGCAUGGAUAGUUCUUUCUUGUUAUCUUUUGUGGUAGGAUUUAGUAUUCAUCCUAUUCUUCUGAUGAGUUUAUUUUUGUCAAAUGUAGCCAAUAAGAGGAAAUCAUGGACAGGGAGUGUGAUUGGUGGAGCUCUACUAAUACUUGUAUCAUCCUUCGUGUUCUAUUUAUUGUGGAGGAAACGCAGAAUAGCGGAAGAAAGAUUGAAGCAAAAGAAGAUAUUAUUUGAGAUCGAAGGAAUAACAAACCCUUCUUCCCUUUUAGACAACAGACGCUCAAAAUUUAGUAAAAUUGAAACCACAAAUCAUGGGAUGCGUGUGUUCAGCUUUGAAAGCAUUGAAUUAGCAACUGAUAAUUUCUCUUCAGCGAAUAAGUUGGGUGAAGGUGGCUUUGGACCUGUCUACAAGGGAAAACUUAUUGAUGGUCUAGAAAUAGCAAUAAAGAGACUUUCUAGAAGUUCGACACAAGGAUUAGCUGAGUUUAAGAACGAGGUUAAAUUAAUUGCGAAAUUCAACCACACUAACUUGGUCAAGCUCUACGGUUUCUGCAUUGAAAAAGAAGAAAGGAUGUUGAUCUACGAAUACAUGCCCAACAAAAGUUUGGACAGUUACCUUUUUGAUCCCACCAACACUUUGUUGGAUUGGAAGAGAAGAUUUUCCAUCGUUCAAGGAAUUGCACAAGGACUUGUCUAUCUUCAUACGUAUUCAAGACUAACAGUAAUUCACAGAGAUUUAAAGCCAAGUAACAUUUUAUUGGAUUAUGAAUUGAAUCCGAAGAUAUCAGAUUUUGGUUUGGCAAGGAUAUCUGAGUUGAAUGAACCCAAAAAAAAGACAAACAAGGUUGUUGGAACUUAGUAAGUACACCUAUAAUUUGAAUUCUAUUUCUCUUAAUUAACUUAUUUUUAAAAGCUUAUUUUAUCAGUAACUUACUUUUUCAGUGGUUAUAUGUCUCCUGAGUAUGCUUUAAAUGGUAUUGUAUCAACAAGAAUGGAUGUUUUUAGUUUCGGAGUAUUGAUGCUUGAGAUUAUCAGUGGUAAAAGGAAUUCUAGUAAUUUUGAUUCGGACCAUCCCAUCAAUCUCAUAGGACAUGCAUGGCAGACGUGGAAUAAGGGUGAAGCUUUAGAAUUAAUAGACCCUGUUUUGAAGGGAUCAUGUGUUGAUAACGAAGUGUUAAGAUGCAUUAAUGUCAGCCUUUCAUGUGUGCAAGAUCAAGCGGAUGAUAGACCAACUAUGUCAAAUGUUGUAUCUUUCCUAUCAAGUGAGUCUAUUCUGCUAGCUGAACCGAAGCAACCAACAUUCUUCACUAAUACUGCAGAGAAAAAUCCUAGAAGUCCUAUUGUUGGUGGAAGAAAUGAUUCUCUAAAUACCGUAACAAUUUCGACAAUGUGUGGUAGAUAAAUUUAAGAUAAACAGAAAUGAUGAA